UUCAGACACACAGACCCAACGAUAAUUACAGUAAACUCGUAUAAUGGCUGUUUGCACUUUGCUGGUGACAGCUUUGAUUGGACUUAUUGGUUAUGUGUUUGUACUGAUUCGUCGUAGAUUCAACUAUUGGCAGGAUCUGGGCAUAGCUUGUGAGGAACCACAUUGGCUGUUGGGCAGCUUAAGAGGAUUGCGCACUACGCGCUCCUUUCCACAGGUAUGGACUGAGUACUAUAAUAAAUUCAAAGGAACUGGACCUUUUGCUGGCUUCUAUUGGUUUCAACGGCCGGCAGCAUUUAUUUUGGAGCCAUCGCUGAUAAAACAUGUGUUGAUCAAGGAUUUCAAUAAGUUCACGGAUCGCGGCUUCUUUCAUAAUGAAGAAGAUGAUCCGUUGUCUGGACAAAUAUUCUUGCUCGAUGGUCACAAGUGGAAGAGCAUGAGAAAUAAAUUAUCUUCGACAUUUACAUCGGGCAAAAUGAAGUACAUGUUUCCCACCGUACUGAAAGUGGCCCAUGAGUUUAUUGAUGUGUUUGGCGAAAUGGUGAAUAAGUCCUCAGAGAUCGAAGUUAAGGAACUAUUGGCAAGAUUUACCACAGAUGUGAUUGGCACAUGUGCCUUUGGCAUUGAGUGCAGCAGUCUCAAGGAUCCGGAAGCCGAAUUUCGUGUAAUGGGUCGCAAAUCCAUUACCGAUUUACGUCACGGUGCCAUUGGCAUAGCUUUCUUGAAUAGUUUUCCCCAAUUGUCCAGACGUUUGCACAUGAAAAUGACCCCUGAGCAUAUAGAGAAAUUCUUCAUGCGCAUUGUCAGGGAAACUGUGGCCUAUAGAGAGCAGAAUAAUAUAAAACGAAAUGAUUUUAUGGAUCAAUUGAUCGAAUUGAAAAACAAUCGCCUAAUGAAAUCAGCAACAGGAGAAAGCAUGAAUCUGACCAUUGAGGAGGUGGCAGCACAGGCUUUUGUUUUCUUUAAUGCCGGUUUUGAGACCUCAUCGACUACCAUGGGAUUCGCUUUGUACGAACUUGCCCAACAUCCCGAUAUUCAACAGCGUUUGAGAGAUGAAUGUCAAAAGGUUUUGGCUGAUAAUGAAUUCACCUAUGAGUGUAUGAAGGAUUUGGUUUAUACCGAUCAAGUUAUUUCGGAAACCCUCCGUCUAUAUACGGUUUUGCCUCUACUAAAUCGUCAAUGUAUUGAAGAUUUUGUGGUCCCUGAGAAUCCCAAAUUCGUGAUUAAGAAGGGAAUGCCCGUGCUUAUUCCCGCUGGAGCUUUGCAUCGCGAUGAGAAAUACUAUCCCGAGCCAAAUGUCUUUAAUCCGGAUAAUUUUAGUGAAGAGCGUGUUAAGGAACGCGAUUCCGUGGAAUGGCUGCCAUUUGGCGAUGGACCACGCAAUUGCAUUGGCAUGCGUUUUGGCCAAAUGCAGGCACGUAUUGGUCUGGCUCUGCUCAUCAAGAACUUUAAAUUCUCUGUGUGCAAGGACACACCAAUUCCAAUUGAACAACAAAUGGAUAGCUUUUUAAUUGCUAGUAAAUCGGGCAUUUAUCUUAAAGUGGAACGAGUUUAACUCUCCAACUAAAAAUAAACAUUUGUUAUGCAUAUA